CGCUGUAGCUGAGAAAGGGAGUUUAGUCAGGCGGAGCGGCGGCGGCUCAUUUGUUCAGAGACCUGCACGCAGCAAGAGCGGCUUCAUCCGUGCAAACCUCCGAUCCUCCGUCCUGCCGAACCACCAGCGCUUUUUUUCCCUUUUCAACUUUUCUUUCUCUGUGCCAAAGUCCGACUGCAGCACCGAAGCCAUGGAGCACCAGCUGUUUUGCUGCGAGGUGGAUACCAUAAGAAGAGCUUACCACGAUGCCAACUUGUUGAAUGACCGAGUUUUACACACUUUGCUUAAAGCCGAGGAAAACUACCUCCCAUCGUCCAAUUAUUUUAAAUGCGUGCAGAAAGAAAUUGUACCCAAAAUGAGGAAAAUCGUCGCCACAUGGAUGCUAGAGGUGUGCGAAGAACAGAAGUGUGAAGAAGAGGUUUUCCCAUUGGCUAUGAAUUACUUGGACAGAUAUCUGUCUGUCGAACACACUAAAAAGACCCAACUACAGCUGCUGGGAGCCGCCUGCAUGUUCUUGGCCUCCAAAAUGAAGGAAACAGUACCAUUAACAGCCGAGAAGCUAUGUAUAUAUACGGACAACUCCAUCCGGCCCUGCGAAUUAUUGCAAACGGAGCUACUUGUACUAAAUAAGCUAAAGUGGGAUCUAGCAUCGGUUACUCCACAUGACUUCUUUGAACAUUUCCUCACCAAGCUGCCAAUCCAUCAGAGCGCCAAACAGAUACUACGCAAACAUGCACAAACUUUUGUGGCUCUCUGUGCAACAGAUGUCAACUUCAUUGCAAGCCCUCCUUCCAUGAUUGCAGCAGGAAGUGUGGCUGCUGCUGUACAGGGUCUCUACUUAAAGGGUAGUGACAACUCUCUUUCCUCCCAAAACCUCACCAACUUUCUCUCCCAAGUCAUCAGAAGUGACCCCGACUGUCUUCGAUCCUGCCAGGAGCAGAUCGAGUCUCUGCUGGAGUCGAGUCUGAGACAGGCACAGCAGCAAAGCAUCUCCACAGAGAGCAAACGAGUGGAGGAGGAUGUGGACCUCUCAUGCACCCCCACAGACGUCAGGGACAUUAACAUCUGAGGGUGCUGCUGUUUAUCUCUAGAGCGUUUAUUGUUGGGUUAUGGGCUUUGACCAGAGGCUUCAUUGGGACUAAAGGGCGCACAGGCCCCAAGUGGAACCCCUGCCAACACCUUGACCAAUCUUAAUCAGUCCCUCCAAGUGCCCUCGCUGUUGACUCCUUUGUGGCACCCACUGUGGCCUUCAUGAUUGGGCUGUUGCAGGCCAGGACCACCAGAAGAGGACAAGAGAAGGAUGAAAACCCUGAUUGUACAUUGCUACUUUCUUUCAGGCCCUGCUCAUAUUACCUGAAAAAAAGACACAAAAAUGUAUAGGUAAUCUAGGAUUUUUGAAUUGCGACAGCUAUAUUUAUGUAGCUGACUUGUCUGAUCACAGAUGAGGAUAUAGUUGGUAAUUUUAUUUCAAAUGUGUCAACCAUUAUUUGAAAGAGAAGAGGCAUUGUUUUGUAUGUUUUAUCUCUUUCUUUUAGCUAGCAUAACGUCACAUGCUAAGUCACCAUGGCAAUUUUUUUUGCAGUCUAGGCAUGUGUAUGUAUCUCCUUGCUUAUGCGUUUAGUCACUUUAUUCUAUUGUCUAGACUUCUUAAAGCUCUAACAUGUCUCUCUUCUCUUUCAAAAUGGUUCCUGUAACCCUAGUAUAUUUUUGUUGAGCAUGUGUUAUACUAUGUUGUGAUUUAGAGGCCUGUGGAUUGCCAAAGCUGAGGCUUUAACUUAAAAUCAGAAAGAACCAUUGAUUUUUUCCCCCGUCAAAAUUCCUUUUUUGUUUGUUUGUUUCUUUCUUUAUUCUCACUGCCAAUGCCAUCACUGGCACAAUAAGCUUCUUACUUGCUUUCUUUGUUACACUCGCAGUGCAAUCCACAGUCUACUUUCCUUUUAGAUUUAUGUAUUACCUGAAACCAUUCCAUUUAAAAAAAAAACAGCACUUUCGGUCCGUCUUGUAUGGCUGACUUAUGAAAAAAAUCCACAUUUGUAAAACAAAACUGAAAAAUAUGGAAUGGAGUAGGAAUUGAGGACAGGUAUGUUUCCUGUCUGCAGCACGGAGCAGGUCUCUUUAUGGUAUUAUAGGUUAGCGAAAGAGAUGGAAAUGAAACUAAUUCUCAGAUUAGCAGAGGAGCAAUAAUACAGCACCACCACUAUCCUCCUGCCUGAGAUGGACAGAUGCUGGAGAACGUCAAGGUGCAAUCCCGAUAAGAAUCAAAUCUACCACCCUUAAUCUCCACACACCUUUCACGUUCAGGUGCAUUGAUGACACUAAAAUAGCUAUUUGAAAGAUUGAGAACUAUUUAUUUUGCUCUGUUUCCCUCACAAGGCCAGUAUGGAGAGCAAAAACAGGACACGGUGUGCUAGACUUUGAGAAACACCAUAGUUCAGAGCUGACAUACUCGGAUCAGUAUCGAUUGUAAGAGAAAACAAAGUGCUGUAGCCUCUAGAAGAUUUUGCACAAGCUCCUAAGAUGUCUUUACUGAGUUCUCUGUGGAGGGGGACGAGAAAAAUUAAGGGUGGUAGAAGUGGCAAAGGGGUAUCGCCUGGACAUCAGAAAGUAACUGCAGAACUAAGGUGUUUGUACAAUAAGAAAAGAAGAGAACAUGGGAGCACACACUCCUCAUAUUUAGCUGCUAUGGUGGGAUUUUUGGCAAGUAUGAACCUUUCAAAUGAAAAGAAAAUACAAAAAGACAUGCUUUGUUCUCGUCUUGUUUUGCUGCUAUUUUUGGUUUUGUCUAUGUAAAAUGUCAAUAUACUGCCAUAGGUUUUGAAUUUUCUCAUAGAAAAUUAUGAUAUUGACAUCUGUUUCUUUUAGGCUUUUUUAUGUGAUCAGUUUUUAUUAAUGUGAUUUCUGCUCUAUUCCAAAAAAGAGGAAAAAAGAUUGAAAAAUAGAGAAAUAUUCCUGUCUUACCCACAAUACCUCAACCAGUCAUGAUUUAGCGAUGAUUUUAUUUUAUUUUCUCAAAUCUGUCUUUUGUUUGACUUUGAUAUUCAGUGUCUGCUAGUCCUGUUAAUGGAUGUGCAUUACGAAAUUUCCUUCUGGGUCCUGAUAUAAGCAAGUAGAGAGCACAUUAAAUGAAAUUGAUGCCAUGAACAGCUUGAUUAUAUAACUCAUUGAGUUUUUACCUGUUUCGUUGAGAGACUGUAUGCCCCCUCCUCUUUAAGGCCAUUUUGGCCUAGACUAAGUGUAUUUAUAAAGCUGUUCAAAUUGAAGCAGGUAUGAUGAGUUUGUGAUUUAAAGUGAGCCAGAGUGUUAUAUGGAUUCGACACAGCUCCCAUGCUAAUGUAUCUUGUUUGCAACAUGAAAGGCUUGGCGUGUUUCCAUCGCAUGUCAUUAUCACAAUAAAUUGCAAGUAGAUACAAUCACUAGCCUAUCUUUUCUUCUUUAUAUCAUAUUCAUAUGACAUUUGAAAUUGUGCAACUGUCCUAAGUUGCAAGUGCUAUUUUAUACUUUUUAUACUUCCAAUUAUAUCAGAUUUAGAGCUGACCCUAAUUCUCCUACCCCUUUUUAGCCAUAGAUAUGGUGCUGCUAUACAUCCUGCAUUUUGACUGGAGAUGGUGAUUUCUUAUAAAGAUCCAGCUUUGAGCUGUACAAUAAGCUACUGGCUAAUCCAGGACCCAGGGGGACAAAACCACACAAUAUCCUCUGUUUAGUAUCAGGAAUGUUUGUUACCUCAAGACAAAAAAAAAAGGUUAAUUGUCUAACAAGGCAUUUGUCAUGCGAAAAAAAGAGAAAAAGAAGAAGAGACAAGACAGUGUGGAGGUUUUCACCCGUUGUUUUCUAUUGAAUGUGCAAAGAGAGAUAUUGACUCGGAGAACGGAGAAGUCAUUGCAUCCUCCCAUCCCCACACCCUAAAAAGCUUGGCUUUGUGUCUUGAUUCUGGUGUAAAUGAGGGCAGUUGCUCUUAGUCUUUUAGUCUUGAAUGGUGUUUAUUACAGACGGGUCACAGGUCAACCAAGGACAUUCUAGUACAUAUGUUGAUGACCCAGAAAUAAAAUGUCACUUCAUGUGUAUUUUUUUUUCCAUUUUAUUUCAACCAGAUGCUGGUCCGAAAUGCUCAAUCUUUAUCUGGAGACCCAUUCUAGACAUGAUGUUAACUAGAAUAAAAGUUAAGCUUGAA